GCCUUGUGAAACUACUUUGGUACCUUCACUACAGCCACCAAUUACGAACCACGCGACGCGCUUCAACCUUUUGUUUCUUUGGUUGCCGGCUUCCAUCAAUUUCAAUCUCGAAGGCGAAGACAGGAUAUACGGCAAUUCUCCUGGCUGUAAUCAAUAAAUAACCCCCUGUUUGCAAAGCCCUUUGCGCCGGCGUAUCACAAAAGCACCACCAGCAACAACCAUCACAAGGUACCGACCGGCAUCGCAGUAGUAAUAGCAGCGACAGCUCGACAGCUCCCCGUCGUCGUUGCACUCCCGUCGUCACAAUGAGGCUGACGGCAGACCUUAUCAACAACUCCCUUUCCUACCUCAAUCCGCUCAAGGAGCGAGAGAUAGACCUCCGAGGACACAGAAUACCUGCUAUUGAGAACUUGGGCGUUGCUGGGCCCCACGAUGCCAUUGAUUUCACCGACAACGAUAUCCAAGUGCUGGGCAACUUCCCGCUCUCUCCCCGCAUACGCACCCUCCUGCUCGCCCGCAACAGGAUCGCCCAGAUCCAGUCGACCCUACCGAAUGCGAUCCCGAACCUGAAGAACCUCGUCCUGGCGUCCAAUAACAUUGGCGAGCUGGCGGAUUUGGAGGUGUUGGGAAGGUUUCCUAGGCUCACGCACUUGGUCUUGAUGGACAACCCCGUUACCAAGAAGGAGAACUACCGCUACUGGGUCCUCUGGCUGUGCCCUCAGGUUCGCUUUCUCGAUUACGUCAAGGUCAAGGACGCCGAGAGGCAAAAGGCGAAGGAGCUGUUUGGAACCGCUGAUGAGCCGACGGAGUUGGCCAAGACGAUAAAGGGAAUCAAGACCAAGACCUUUGACGUUGGCGCCAGCUCCGCCAACGGUGCGGCCGGCAAUGGUCCUUCCUCGAAACUUUCGCGUCUCAAGCUUACAGAGAAAGAGAAGAAGAAGUUGCAGGAUUUGAUCAAGAAGGCCGACAGCUUGGAGGAAAUCAUCAGAUUGGAGAAGGCGCUCAACGAGGGACGGCUGCCACCUGGCAUUAUCGCCGAGGAUGACGAUGCCAUGGAGGAGUAAGGAGGAAGCAAGGUGAUGAGCACCUGACGAACGUGGUAGAUCAGGUUGCUAUAUGUUCGUGAUAUGAUGGCUUGCAGAGGUGACGAAAAGGGGGAGGACGGCACUUCAAAGAGCUUACCAUUUGUCGGCGUUCGGUUCUAGAUGGGGUUUACUGCAAAAUAACUGUAUACCAAAUUACGCAAAUUUGUUGGUUUGAAA